GUUCUCUGACUCACGCUCGAUAAUGUAAACGACAAAUCCACGCUUGUGCGUCCAGAUGUUAAUUUCUAUCGCGAUAAUUAUGUAGCCGAUAAUGAGCAGCCCGUUUUUUUUAUUCCAUCCGGGUUUGGGAAGGCCGUCGCAGUGUAGAGAACUCAGACUCGGUUCCGGACGGAGGCGAGAUUCACGCGAGUCAGGGGGACCGAUAUCCGUGUCUCUCCGAGCGAGUGCACGACAAUAGUUAGGGUACAAAUUCCUCCUCGCGGCUGACAAAAAAGAAAAGAGUUUACCUCGGCGGUGUUGAGCAAUCAGUCGCGCGUAUGCAUAUGCCGAUCGCGCGUUGUGUGGUCAAGGUAAGAAUUUCAUAACGCUGUCACCGCGGCGACGUCCAUUCGUCAAGGAAUGUGUUCGGUGCCACACAAUCGGGAAGACGAGCGCGUGUAUCCUUUCCUUCGAGUUUGAACGUCUCGGGAGUCGCCUCGAAGACACCUCGAAUUUACGAAGAUCAGUGCCGCCGGUUUGUCCCCAAAGAAUGUUAAAAUUAUUCCUGCUCUGAGUGUGACAUAUUAUAUCUAUUCCUCGAGAUUUCUUCUAGACCUUUUAUUUGAUUUUAUUUCAUUUCAUUCAUCUCGCGCUGCUUUCUUGUAUCCUGAAUCAUUUUGGUGAGCCCUCGCGAGGAAAGACAUAAAGAUUGUUAUAAGGAAAAAAUUAAAAAUCGAUACUCAUAAAAAAAUAAGUGCAGUUGUUGAUUUUUUUAAGAAAUCCUUAUUCGAUAUUCAAUUAUAUCUUGUUCGACUUAUCAUCUCGCGCGCGGUUUUUUUCGUAUUACUUAAAAUCAACUUCGAGGAUACUUGUGAAGGCACGUAUGGAUGGAUACCGUAUAAGGGAUGCAAGUCUACCGGUGUCAGCUUUGUGCAGAUCGUCUUGCUGACAAUAUGAUAGAAUAGGAGUGACUAUGUUUUGGAGAAACUUCUGAACCAUAACUAUACAUAGUAAUCCUUACGAUGUGCUUGUGACUGACUACAGACCCUUUACAUCGGAGAAAAUAAUGCUUAGGACUAUCAUAUAUCUUUGUAUAACCUGACUGUAUCGAAAAUGCAAGCCAAGAAACGCUAUCUAUUAUUGUUUGUAACAUGCGCGUUUCUUGGUUACUGCUACUUUGGUGGAUAUCGUUUAAAAAGUGAAAAGUGGACAGGCAGAUCUCAGUUGCCUUACGAGCGAUUGCCUUCAUAUUUAAGUCUAAAUGAAGAAUUCUAUGACAAAGAUUUAAAGACAUCCAAUGGAGCUUUGGCUAUGUCGCAGCGUACACGGCAUUGCCGCAUGGAAACCUGCUUCGAUUUUACGAGAUGUAAACAAGGUUUCACCGUGUACGUCUACCCAGUUGAGGAUGUAAUAAGUCCCCUAUACCAAAAAAUAUUAAACGUUAUCACGGAGUCGAGAUAUUACACGUCAGACCCGACACGGGCAUGUAUAUUUGUCUUAGCCCUGGAUACAUUAGAUAGAGAUCCCUUAUCCACUGAGUUUGUACACAAUCUUCCCUCGAAACUGUUACACCUGCCAUAUUGGAAUAAUGGAAGGAAUCAUCUGAUAUUUAACUUGUAUUCCGGCACAUGGCCCGAUUAUGCGGAAAGGUCGCUAGCUUUUGAUGUGGGUUAUGCCAUGCUCGCCAAGGCCAGCAUGUCCAUCUUUAAACAUAGGCCAGAUUUUGAUGUGUCGAUACCUUUGUUUGGCAAACAACACCCGGAACGUGGCGGAGAACUCGGCCAAGCGUUAGAAAAUAAUUUUCCCAAUAAUAAGAAAUAUGUGGCAGCUUUUAAGGGAAAACGAUAUGUGCAUGGCAUUGGAUCUGAGACAAGAAAUGCUCUCUAUCACCUGCACAAUGGCAAGGAUUUGGUAUUUGUUACAACAUGUCGUCAUGGGAAGGCUUGGAGGGAAUUGCAGGAUGAACACUGUCAGCAGGAUAAUCAGGAAUAUGAUACGUAUGACUAUGAAAUUUUAUUAAUGAACGCUACGUUUUGUCUGGUUCCACGAGGACGACGAUUAGGUAGCUUUCGAUUUCUCGAAGCUCUAAGAUCAGGAUGUAUUCCAGUCAUUUUAAGUAAUGGUUGGGCUCUUCCCUUUCAUGAACGCAUCGAUUGGACUCAGGCUGUAAUAUUUUCCGACGAGAGACUGUUACUCCAAAUUCCAGAUAUAUUACGGUCCGUAUCCAAUGUACAAAUUCUUAAACUACGACAACAAACACAAUUUUUAUGGGAAAGAUAUUUUUCCUCUAUUGAAAAAAUUGUAUUUACUGUAUUCGAGAAUAUUCGCGAGCGUUUGCCAUGGGAAGGUGCGCGGGAAAGAAUUGUUUGGAAUACAAGCCCCGGAGCAUUGGCGAUUCUGCCACAAUUUGCCGAUAGCCAGCAGGAACUUCCUUUUUCAAACAGCAAUCCUGGUAAUACUUUCACUGCCAUAAUUUAUUCACAAUUGGGAUCCACCGCGGUUCUAUAUCGUCUACUUAGGAGUCUUGCGAAAAGCAAAUACCUAGAUAAGAUAAUACUAAUGUGGAAUUCGGACAUUCCUGUGCCAAGGAAACCACGUUGGCAAGGCAUCAGAGCGUCAAUUCAUGUUGUCGCGGUUGACGGUAUAUCACAACGUUUUUAUCCUCAUCCAUUAAUCAAAACUAGUGCCAUAUUGUCACUCGACGAGGAUGCUACUCUAAAUACCGACGAGAUUGACUUCGCUUUCACGGUUUGGCGAUCGUUUCCCGAUCGAAUUGUAGGAUAUCCUGCGAGAUCUCACUAUUGGGAUGACUCAAAGCGUUCCUGGGGUUAUACCAGUAAAUGGACAAAUGACUAUAGUAUCAUUCUCACCGGUGCUGCUUUUUAUCACCGUUAUUAUAAUACUCUAUAUACAGAGUUAUUGAGCUCGACCCUUCACAAAACCGUGGAGCAAUCGCAGAAUUGCGAGGAUAUACUCAUGAAUUUUCUGGUGAGUCACGUAACUCGAAGACCGCCCAUCAAAGUGACGCAGCGCAAACUAUACAAAGAUACCACAGUGGCUGGGAUUAGAUCGCCGUGGAACGAUCCGGAUCACUUUAUACAACGGCAAACGUGCAUGAAUACAUUUGUCGCUGUCUUUGGAUACAUGCCACUGUUGCGAUCUAAUAUGCGACUGGAUCCUGUUCUGUUCAAAGAUUCUGUGAGCAAUUUGCGCAAGAAAUAUAGACAAAUUGAACUAGUUAGUAACUAGAAUUGUACACUGCUCGAUUACGCGUGACUAUUUAAUUUUUCAAGCGCGCUUGAUGACGCGUAAUUUCCGCGUACGACACUAGAUCUAUUUUUUUAGCACGCUUAUCUUUUCUGCACUUGAAAUGAAAACAGGGCCAAAUAUAAAUGUACAGAGUUUUCGAGGAAGAAAGAAAGGAGAAGAAAAAACACAAGUGCAGGAAGUGCUAAAAAGAACAGAUUUACUGUUAUAAGUGGUAUAGAUGUACGGGAAAUAUUUGCGCGUUUGCGUGCUAUGCCAUAUUAGGCUAUCGAUGUUGUCCGGGCAGCAAAUCAAAGUCCGCUAUUCAGCAAGGACGCAUGGUGAUAUCCCUGCGAUUUAUUUGCGAGUAAUUUUGUACAAAUUAUAGUAUCGACGCCAUUUCUAUUUGACGAUAUCUCUCGCGCAGCUAUCAUCAACUGUGGGAUGAUAUUUAAUUACUGUAUAUACAAAUCGUUUCGUAAUUAUAAAAAAAAA